CGGCGAUAAGAUGUCUUGGAAGCCAACAAACACUUACUUACAGCAAGAAAUAUGAGGUCGAGAAUCAUCGAUGGAGUAUAAGUCUGAGAUAUCAGACGGAAGUCAACUGACUCUUUAAAAUCUCAAGAGACGGCAUAUCUUCCCGUGCUUCCAGGUAUCUAAGAAACCCGGCUCCCACUCCGGAAAGGGCCAACUGCACUGCAACGCUGAUCUGGCAUGCAAUUUCACCAUAAGGUCUCGGCAUGACCUGCCAAGAGAUGUUCAUCGAGGCAUGCAGCAAACGGAGCAAGCGGCUAGACGGUUAAUCGGGCCUGUCAUGGGCCGAUUCUAGAUUGGACCGAAACAGGACCCGGAGGCAGGCGGAGAUAGGUAGGUGGUUUUGAUAGAGGUUCUGGGGCGAGGAAUUAGAGUUUCCCCGUGGGGAUUUAUGGGAUGAAUCACGAUGGCCGGAGUCGAAGCGGGAUGAUGCAACUGAAGCAUUGGGCGUAUGGAUAGUAACGUUGUGAUGGGAUCUUUGUGUUGGUGUUGCUUCGAUAUCCUGGUCGACGUCUGGGCCCGCCAGCCUGGUUGGGCUCGAUGUUGGUGGCAGGUCGAUGUAUAAAGCAGGUGUCGUCCACCGGCCUGUCCAUAACACAAACUCAAAGGUAUAUCACCGUUAUUCCAUUCUAUAAAUGGUCACUGGAUGAUCUCAUCUUUGCGCAAUCCACCAACAUUUUUGAUAUCCACUUUGAACAUCCUACGAUGAACCGCCAAGGGGCAAGUGGCAGCAUGGCGCUGCAAAACUCCCUCUCACUGCUUCUGGCACUUCAAGUCAGUUCAACAUACGCUCAGGGACUUGAGGGAUAUGGAUUGACUUCAUACGAUCCUGUCUGCGCUGAAGCAUGUCUUCGAUCCUUUACUCCUCUGAUGCUACCUUGCUCAAGCAUGCACGAUGGACAUAUGGCGACUCCGCCAGCAUGCCGAGCCAACGACACAGCCUUCUUGACAUCCGUGGCUUGGUGCAUGAGUGACAACUGUGCCGAUGAGAAGUUGUCCAAGAUUGAAGGUUACUGGGAGGAGUGGAUUACGGGCAGCAAAUUCGUUCCCGCAAAGUGGUCCUACUCGGAGGCUCUCAUGGAGGUUGAUCCCAAACCACCUCGGUAUCAACUCAACAUGACAGACAAGGUUCUCAACCAGACAUCGACACUCGCACCGGUUGCGUACCUCAGUCAAUGGAACUCACUUUGGGCGACGAAUCAUGAGAUGAUAAUGGGGGCACGAUAUGGUAUCAUUCUUGUUGUUAUUGCUGUCGGAAUACCGAUCCUGAUGACCUGGUCCGGCUAUCUACCUCUCAUCCCAUCAGUCUACGACAAACUCAAACCAUACAUCCUCUAUCCAAGCAUGAUCGGCACCUAUUCCGUACGUCCUCUACCAUUCAAACUGGGCAAUGCUCCCUCUGUUGGUCAGGGUCUAUAUAUCGCCUUAUUCCUUGCUCUCGUCGUAGUCUUUACCGCCAUCGACUACGAGCUCCGUCAGCCACAUGCUAGAUUCAUGGGUGAACGGCGAGAACUACUUGCUUAUCUCGUCUACCGCACUGGAGCUCUUGCAUUCGCCUUACUCCCACUGAUCAUCCUUUUCCCCUCCAGGAACAACCUUCUCUUGUGGCUGUCUAACUGGUCGCGCUCGACGUUCAUCCUGCUUCACCGCUGGAUUGGACGAACAUUUGCUCUGCUGGCUGUUCUGCACGCUAUCUUUGUCUUGGUAGGCUCUGACAAGAUGGGCACCACGGACUGGAGACGCUGGGGCUCAGUCACUGUCAUCUUCACUGUGAUUACCUGCCUUGGAAGUGGACUCUAUGUUCGAAAGGCCAACUACGAGCUUUUCUUGCUUAUGCACAUCCUCAUUGCUGCGCUUGUCAUUGUCGGAUGCUGGUAUCAUCUCAUGCUGCGAUAUGCCUCCAUUCGUCUGCACUCACCUGGCUAUACGACUGGACACGAGAUCUGGCUUUACCUCGCCAUUGCCCUUUGGGGCUUUGAGCGCCUUGUUCGAAUCGUACGAGUCAUCAGACUGGGUAUUCUGAGAUCCAAGGUUAAGGACAUCGGAGCUGGUUACGUGCGAGUCGAUGUACCAAACGUUCGCUGGGGUUUGGAUCCUGGAAAGCACGUCUUCGUCUACUUCCCAACGCUUGCUCCAAUGCGACCUUGGGAGAAUCAUCCCUUCUCAGUCAUUCCUACAGUUGCGCUUCAACGCCGUGGAACCUCAGCUACACCUGGGUCUCCAACCUCACCAGGAGCUUCCUCGGGAUUGGAAGAUAUUGAGAAGUCGACAACUCAAAUUGCAGUGGUCAGGCAAUCAUCAGCCUCAGCCGAGAUCUCGGCUGGAGUGACACUGUUCAUCAAAAAGUCUACCGGUAUCACAAAGUAUCUCGAGAGCCAUGACCGCUUACUCACCUUCUUGGAGGGGCCUUACCCUGGCAGCGACACACGACAGGUCCUACGCUGCGACAGGCUUCUUCUUAUCGCUGGUGGUGUUGGUAUCACUAGUCUGUUUGCGCUCAUUCACAACCACUGGAACGCCAAGUUGGCAUGGAGCGUCAAAGCAGAAGCUCGAUGUCUCGUCAACGAGAUCGAGCCAGCCCUCGAUGCCGUGAACACUGCACAGACGGAUAUUAGAAUUGGUUCAAGGUUCGAUGUUGCUGCUCUUAUUGACGAAGAGGCAUCGGCCGGCUGGAAGAGAGUCGGUAUCGUGGUAUCGGGCCCUGGAUCCCUAUGUGAUGAUGUGCGGGCUGUUGUUGCUGGUAUUGGACGCAACUCCAAGACUGUCUUUGAACUUGAGGUGGAUGCCUACUCCUGGUGAUCACGAUAUGGCGAUAGAAGGUGUUGCGAGAGAAAGACAUGUGAUGGUUGGGUUGUUCUUGUUUCGGCAAUUUUCACAUCAUGUUUAUGUUAUCAUGUCAAAUACGUACUAGAUAAUUUACUAUUAUUGCCUAAGCCAAGAGUCUUGCUUAAACGAACUUGAACGAGAGCUGUCAUG